AUAAAUAUUUGUUUUGGCAAUAAUGAAGAUGAAUUUCCAAUUUUAAAUUUACUUUUUACAAAUUGUUGCAAACCUUUUUUGAUUCUAUUUGGAAUAUUUCCCAAUCAACACAAUGAAUUAUUUCCUUACGUAAAAUUUAAAAACAUUAAAAUAGACAUUGGGUAAAUUCAACAACUUAAUACAUUAAUUAACAACAAUUUUCUCAGCAUUUUCGGUAAUCCGAAAAAAUAGUCAAACAAGAUAUAUGGCUGACCAUCAACUGUUGUUUACCAUCAUUCAAACUAAACAUCAAGAAGUUCACAGUCGAUAAUAUUAUUAUCAACUUACAUAGUUCAACCUAGUGAUCCACUUAAUAAAUGUCUUUACAUAAUAAUAUCUAUAGUAAUAAGUCAUCACAAUUAAAUAAUUCAUCACAGUGUAACAAUAGUCACUCUGUUGGAUUGAGUCAAUACAAACCAUAUCUAAAUAUGAUUACAAACUACGAAUUUCAUAAUCGUUUCCCUCAAAGUCAAUCAAAAGAAGUUUUGAAACAAUAUUCUGGUGAAUUUGAAAGUUUGGGCGAUGAAACACGUUUCUAUCAAGGUUAUCAAUUGAGUAUGAGUGAUUUGAAAAAAGCUACAACCGCUUCAAAACAAACAGCAGGUUGCUUAUUUACAAAUUUUGAAGAUGUUAGGUUGACUGAUGAAGAACGUGUUUAUUUGAAUGCAGCCGCAACAGGUGAUAUUGGCAUCAUUCGUAUGUCAUUAGAAGAUACUGAUGAAUCAACGGACUUCAAUGUAAAUUGUGUUGAUUAUAUGGGACGUAAUGCAUUACACCUUGCUGUCGAUUCAGAAAAUACUGAAGUAAUGGAAUUGUUAUUGGACAAAUUAAAUUUUGAAUGUAUCGAAGAAGCUUUACUACAUGCUAUCAGUAAAGGGCAUCCUAAACUAGUACGUGUUAUUAUUGAACAUCCAAAUUAUCAAGCUGGUGAAGAUCAAAUUAAACGAAUGGAUUCAAGAAAUGCAUUUUUUCGUACUACAGAAAAAAGUCAAUUUUCACCUGAUAUAACACCAUUAAUUCUAUCAGCUCAUUAUAAUAAUCAUGAGAUGGUACAAAUGUUUUUAUCACGUAAUCAUACAAUUGACAAACCACAUUCAAUAUCAUGUCAAUGUAAUGAUUGUCAAGUUAGACAAGAUUAUGAUUCAUUGAAACGUUCACGUUCUAGGCUAAAUGCUUACCGUGCCUUAGCAAGUCCAGCUUAUAUGGCAUUAAGCAGUCCUGAUCCAAUAAUGACAACAUUUCAACUACGUCAAGAAAUGAUGAAAUUGGCAGAAAUUGAAAAAGAAUUUAAGAAAGAGUAUCUUAUGCUUGUUGAGAAGUGCAUGAAUUUCGCAUGUGAAAUGAUGGAUCUUUGUCGGGGUACACAAGAAGUUGAAGCGGUUAUCUCAGAUUUUUUAGAAGAUGGAACAAAUAUCCGCGAUCCACUCGGUCGUCUACGACUUGCUAUACGCUUCGAGGAGAAAAAGUUUGUUGCUCAUCCAAACUGUCAACAAUAUCUUACUAGUAUAUGGUAUGGAUCAGAAACAGCUUUUCUUCAAUCAUGGUCAUUAAUUAGGAAAAUUGGUCUUUCCAUAGCUGCUACACCGUUGCUUCCAUUAUUCUGUUUAAUAUACAUUAUACUGCCUACCUCGAAUAUUGCUCGUUCAAUGCGAUGUCCGGCAGCUAAAUUUGCAACUCAUGUUGUAUCCCAUUUUUUAUUUUUAAUAUUACUCGCUGCAGCGACAUUCCGUUUAGAAGAGAAUUAUGAUGCAUUAUUAGACGAACAAAUGCUUGGUACAGGGGAUGAAGAAACAAUACGACAAUGGGUACAAAAAAACUUUCGACCAUCUAAAGCAAUUAUAACACAUGUCCAAAUAUGCAUCGUAUUGUGGGUAGCCGGACUACUACUUGCUGAUAUUAAACAUAUCUACUUUGCAGGAUUCAGGUCUUAUAUAUGUAAUGCAUAUAAUUUACUAAAUUUUUGUAUAUUAUCCAUGUAUAUUGGUUCUUAUACAUUACGUAUAAUUGUUGACCGUUGGGUACGCGAAUCAGAUCUAUUCUUUAAUGCAACAACUCAAGUGAAUUUUUUAUUGCAAACAAACAAUAGUAUAUUAGUACAUCAAAUGGUACAAAAUUGGACACAGUCAUGUCAUCAUGAUAAAAGUUAUUUUAUUACCGCGUCCCGAUUUCGUUGGAAAUAUGAUGAUCCUGAAAUUGUAUCAGAUGUUAUGUUUGCAGUAGCUAAUGUAGUUAGCUUUGCUCGCACCACGUAUUUGAUGCCAGCUUUUGAAGCACUAGGUCCAUUACAAAUUUCAUUUACCAGAAUGCUUACAGAUAUUACACGAUUUAUGGUUCUAUAUUUAUUGGUGUUGUUUGCAUUUAUGGUUGGUCUGCAUAACCUCUACUGGUAUUACGGUUUACAAACAUUUAAGACCUAUGAUGAGGUAACAAAUACUACACAGACGCUAGUUGCAACAGAAAUGUUCGAAGGACUUCGUCAUACACUGUACAGUUUAUUCUGGUCAAUGUUUAGUCAAGUCAGUAUUAGUAAAUUACCGAUUCGCAAACCAGAUCAAGCUGAACAUAAAUACACAGAUGGUAUGAUUGACACUGAUUCACCGACAACAAUUGUUGAUAGUGUCGGUAUGGUACUAUUUGCUGUGUAUCAUGGUAUUAUAAUCAUUGUAUUGGUCAACAUGUUAAUUGCUAUGAUGAGUCAUUCAUUUGAAAGUAUUCAGGAAGAUUGUGAUGUUGAAUGGAAAUUUGCAAGAACUCAAUUAUGGUUAAAUUAUAUUGAUAAUGGUAGUACAUUACCAGUACCAUUUAAUGUGAUACCAACUCCGCACAGUGUUGCAAACGCAAUAAAAUUUAUGCGUAAUAUUUUUAAAGAUGAAGUCGGAUUUGUCAGUGGAAAUAUACGAAGUACAGAUUUUGUCAAAGUGAGAAGAGAUAAAGUUGUAAAAGACAAAGAUUUAACUAUUCAAGAAACAUCACAUUCAGAUAUUAUGCAACGACUUGUUAGACGUUAUUUAUUCAAAAUGGAAAGAGAAAAUGAUGAUAAAGAAAAAUAUAAAGAAUUACCAUAUGUACGUACAGAGGAUAUGACAGGCAAUAUGGAAGCUUUUCUGAAUGCAUAUGGUGAUCCAAAUCAAACUGUGCAAUUUGCUGAUGCUGAAGAAUUUCCAUUAUCAGUAACGGCUGUUGGAGGUAGAACAACUUAUGAAAAUCCACAAAAUCCUUAUCAACUAAGUGUACAAAGUGGAGCCCCCACAAUUAAUACAAGUCAACNCUCACAGCGUGUGCACCCAUGA